GUGAUUUUUUAAAUGAUAACUAGCUGCCAUGAAUGCUCUACUGGCAGAAAGAUUUGAUAUACCUUGAAAUAAUGAUACAAUCUUUCAUGAGACUAUAACUAAUUAAUAACCAUGGUAUCAGUAAAUGGUGAAGACCACGACUUUAGAGUUAAAAGAUGGAGAAAUAAAACUGCAAGUCUGCAGUGAAAUAAAAAUAUGUACCGUGCUUUUUAGAAAGUUAAAAUAAUAAGUGUUAUCAGCAAAAGUUUUAAAAUUAAAUAGCUGGAUAUUUAUAAUUGAACAUAAAUUGUAUCAAGCUUGAUUGGCUCUACUUGGCUGUCAGGAUUUUGCUUAUGGCUGCACAGAACGUCAACUUUAUAACUUUAUGAAUGAACAAAGGUCUGAAAAGAAUAUUCUCAGGAAUUCAGCCAACCGGGAUUCCUCACCUGGGGAAUUAUUUUGGAGUCAUCACAAGCUGGGUAAAGCUACAGGAAGAAUGUAGUUCUGUAUUAUACAGCAUUGUGGACCUCCAUUCCCUCACCAUACCAAGAGAGCCGGCUGUUUUACGUGAAAGCAUCCUAGACAUCACUGCUGUUCUCCUGGCCUGUGGUAUAAACCCACAAAGAUGCUUCCUUUUCCAGCAGUCCCAGGUGCCUGAACACUCUCAGCUUAGCUGGGUCUUAGGGUGUUUGAUAGGCAUCCCACGUCUGGAACAUUUUCCCCAGUGGAAGCUUAAAAAGGCCAGUCAGACAAGUGGAGGAACUGUUGGGCUCUUCACCUAUCCUGUCCUUCAAGCGGCAGAUAUUCUUCUCUACAAGUCAACACAUGUUCCUGUUGGAGAAGAUCAAAUCCUCCACUUGGAGCUGACUCAAGAUACAGCCCGCCACUUCAAUAAGAAGUAUGGGGAGUUCUUUCCAGUACCCAAAGCCCUUCUAACCUCAUCCAAAAAAGUGAAGUCCCUCAGAGAUCCCACAUCGAAGAUGUCAAAAUCAGACCCUCAUAAAUUAGCCACGGUGUGCAUCACCGAUAGUCCUGAGGAGAUCAAGCUGAAAUUUCGCAAGGCUGUCACAGACUUUACCUCUGAAGUGACCUAUGAUCCCGAACACCGCCUGGGAGUCUCCAAUCUUGUGGCUAUUCACUCUGCUGCAACAGGACUCAGCACAGAGGAAGUGGUACAGCAGAGCACUGGCCUGGAUACGGCCCAUUACAAGGCAAUGGUGGCUGAAGCGGUCAUCGAAAAACUUGCACCCGUUAGGAAUGAGUUUAAGAGAUUAAAAGAAGACAAAUCUUACCUGGAAGAGGUUCUGUCAUCCGGAGCAGAGAAAGCCAGAGAACUUGCAGCUCCUGUAUAUUGGGAAGUUAAAAGAUUGGUGGGGUUGAACUGAAUCCAAGAAAAAGUAGCUACCAUCUUUCAUUACUUCAGUUUGUGCUCUACUGUAUGUUACAGUCCUCUGUUUUGAGGGUCCAAAAGAAGACUGAUUAACAAAUCUUUCCCUCACAUGUAUUGAUUUUUUUUAGAGCACGGCUUGGAGAGUAUGUGUGUGUGUGUCACUUCUGGAAGAAACCCUUCCCAUUUCUGCCACACAACAGACCCUUUGGCCACUAGUGGCUGCAGUUCAUCAUUCCCAGGAUCAUGAGUGGUGGAGACAAUUGUAGCUGAUCUAGGUUUGGUCUGUCCUGAAAGGCAGAAGGUGGGAAGGCAUUGAGAAUUAAGAUCUUUUAAGAAAUGUCUUGUAAAAAUGCUGUGAAGCCAGCUCAGCUGAAAACUUUUCUCACUGUUGAGACUUUUUAAAAAAAUGAUCCCCCUUAUUUUUAUAAGUAACUCAAGGGACUGAACAUACCUAAUACACCUCCCCACAACAACCUUGUGGGGGGGGGGGUGUGAGGCUGAGAAAGAGUGGCCUAAAUUACCCAGCCAGUUUUCAUGCCUAAAGAGGGAUUAGAACUCGGAGUCUCCUGCAGGGGUGGGAUUCUACAGUUCGGGGGAACCAGUAGCUGUGAAGAUCAGCUGCGAGAGAACCAGUUCGCUCCGACCUUCAAAUGGGCCUGGUCCCACCCACCAUCCCUGGGCUAUACUCACCUAUAUUUCCUUGUUUUUUAGCCCGGCUGAUAGGCGCGGCAGAGCUGAUUCCCAUUCCUCUGCUGUUUUGGUGCGCCUCAGCUGCAGUAGAAGGCAAGCCCUUUAGCAAAGCAUGCGCUCAGUGAACCGGUUGUCAGACUGGUUGAAUCACACCACUGGUCUCCUGGUUUAUAGCUUGGUGCCUUCACUACUAGACCACAACUUGACCCUUCGUUGCUCCCAGGUCUAUGACAGCAACUUUCCUGAGAGGAAAGACAAAAAUAUAGCAAAGCCCUGAAGGAGCUUUAGGCUGAAGACGCUCAGUGAAGUGAUGGCUCUUGUCUUAGGGGAAGAAGGAAGGUCAAUCUGGUUUGUGGUCUCAGGGAUAAGAUGGGGAGAGUGGCUAGUUCAGAGUUUGAAGAUUCUUUAAUCAUUUCUUUCAUCUUUUCCCUUCCCCUUUCCAGUGUGAAAGCUGCCCUAGACAACUUGGGCUUAAAGUUAUAAAAAUGGUACAUGAUUCUGAGCAACGAUGUUGCUUAGAAUAUUCUGCCUCCCUAAUGCAGGCUUUGGUUCUUGCAUAAGAGAGGGCAUUUUAUUCUGUUACAGAGCUUAUGGAGAUAGGAAAUGGCACUUAUUUUCUAAGAUAUAUUUUGGGAAAAGUCAGCCACACAUCUCUGGAUAUUUGAAAAGUGAGUGCUGAGUUUAUAAUUUGUGUUCUUUCUCAGAGCAGAGAAGUUAUUCCUUCCAUUCUUUAAGAAGUGAACUGCAUCUGUGCAUUUUUCUUCUGGUAUGUUUGCAAGUUUAUUUGAAGUGCAGCAUAACCUAUGGAAAGCAGGACAACAUUAUUAAACUGUGGAUGUUUGACAGGCAGAAAAGCC